GCAAACGUGUAACAACUGAAUUAAACACCUUUUACACCAACUCAACUCUGACUCGGGAUUUGGACGCGUCACCACUUUUUUCGCCUGUGGUUGAUGCUACUCACCUCGUUUAUCUUAUUAUACACAAUGUGGUUCCUCAAUCUUUAGUAGAUUUGAUUCACUCUCAUACUCGUAAAACUUCGCAUUCUACGUCUAUUGUUAUGGAUGUUAUGAAAUUAAUUCAUUUACAAUUUCUACUCAUGUUUGGAAACAUCACACGGAAUCCAUGAUUACUUGGAAAAACGUACAGGUAUUUACGCAAAGAAAAUCAAACUGCGACGUGCUAAACGUUGCGCCGAGAAUAAACGAACGAAAAGAUCCGUUCAUAAUCAAACCACUUUACCUUCUCCGUCUCAUCGGAACUCUACGCCGCCUUCUUUUUUUGGCAUUCGCGAUAAACAGGAUCGAUACGAUGAUCGUUACCGUAUCGCUUUUUUACAAUCUCAACGACCUAACAACCACUUUGUCCCUAAAUGGAUUAUUCUUAUUACAUCAAAUUAUUUACAUGCGGGUGGUUGGACGUCAUUUAUACAGGACUGUGAUGAUAGACAGUCUUUUUAUACUUUAAAUUCUUUACAUUUAGAUUAUUUUAUUUUAUUUUCAAAAUUUUUUAAUUUAGGGUCACAUGUACUUUCGUUUAAUUCUUUUCUUUUUUCGGCGUCUAGUGUUCUGGGUUAGUAGAUCUGGCUUUGCCUAGGAUUCUUUUUGAAUAAGAGGCGUGGCGGUCCCUUUUUGUUGGACGUACUCGCAUUAGCUUAGCUUUGUUUCUUUUUCUUUGUAAAUCGACCUGCUAGCAGUUGUUUGUAGUCCCGGG